AUGAAUAGUAAGAUAGGAUUAAAGAAAAAAUUUGAAAAUAUCAAAGUAAAAGACCAAAAAUAUAAAAAAUAUACGAUAACUAUAUCCGAUGCCAAUGCAAUUUGCGCUCUUCAGCCAUUGGUACUUCGGAAAGAGCCAAAAAAAUUAGAACCUAUAAUUGACCCCAUAAUCGAAUUACUGACCACUGGUAGAAAAAGCAUUAGAAGAUUAUCAAAAACAGGUUCUUCAUCAAUCACUACCUCUAAACCUGAAAAAGAACCAACUUCUAGUCAACCUACUACAGCAUCAAAUAAAGACCAUCAAACUUCUCAACCACCAACUUCUUUAGCUACUCAUUGA